AAGAUGUAUCCACAAUAACAAGGGAUCAUUAGGUUCUUUGUAAAGAAAAGCAGGGCACAAGUCAUAGAAACAUGAAGUUUCUCUUUCAAAAUCUUCUUUCUCAAUUGCCUAUAGUCAUUCUUUGGUAUUUUUCCACUGUUAUCAUCUCUCAACAACAUGUUAGUGCUGUGAGUCUACCAAACAAUGAAACUGUCCCAGCAGUCAUUGUUUUUGGGGAUUCUAUAGUGGAUUCAGGUAACAACAACUACAUCAACACCAUACUCAAAUGCAAUUUCCAACCAUAUGGUAGAGAUUUUGCUGGAGGAAAUCAACCAACCGGGAGGUUCAGCAAUGGUUUAACCCCAUCAGACAUCAUUGCUGCAAAAUUUGGAGUCAAGAAGAUUUUACCAGCUUAUCUUGAUCCAAAACUGCAACCUCAAGAUCUCCUCACAGGCGUCAGCUUUGCAUCCGGUGGCUCCGGAUAUGAUCCUCUAACUUCUAAAACAGUAUCCGUGCUAUCAUUAUCAGAUCAACUAGACAAGUUCAGCGAAUACAAAAACAAGAUAAAGGAAACAGUUGGAGAAAAUAGAAUGGCCACAAUAAUAUCAAAAAGCAUAUACGUCUUGUGCACAGGAAGUAAUGACAUUGCCAAUACUUACUCUCUAUCACCGGUUAGGAGAGCACAUUAUGACGUUCCAGAAUACACGGACUUAAUGGCUUCACAAGCCACAAACUUCUUGCAGGAACUUUAUGGACUAGGAGCUAGAAGAAUUGGAGUAAUUGGUUUGCCUGUUCUUGGGUGCGUGCCCUCACAAAGAACAAUUCAAGGAGGCAUAUUGAGAUCAUGUUCAGAUUUUGAAAACCAAGCAGCAAUGCUCUUCAACAGCAAACUCUCAUCCCAAACUGAUGCCCUAAAUAAAAAUUUCCCCGAGGCUAGAUUUGUGUACCUUGAUAUUUACAACCCAUUAUUGAAUAUGAUUCAAAACCCUUCCACAUAUGGUUUUAAGGUAACAAACGAAGGAUGCUGUGGCACUGGAAUUAUUGAAGCAGGCAUACUUUGCAACCCUUUCACCCUACAAAUAUGUUCAAAUACCGCAAACUACAUAUUCUGGGACAGUUUCCAUCCUACGGAAGAGGCCUACAAUGUGCUUUGUUCUUUGGUGCUUGAUAACAAAAUCAAGGAUUUCUUCUGAAUGCAGUUCCACUCUCAUUCUUGAAUGGUAAUUUUCUAAUGUAGUUCUAUAAUUUACGAUUUUUGAUUUUUGUUCAUCUACGGUCCUAACUUGUAACUUUUAAAUGCUAUACAUACGAAACACUGAGAAUGUGUUCCGAUCCUUUUUGCUACGAAAAAUAUUUAUCGUUUAUUAUUUGAUGAGACAAUAUCUUUAUUCAAACCUUAUGGGUAUCUUUAAUGUCAUGAGCGAGUUUGAUGAUA